CAUUUUUUAAACAACAACAAUAAUCAUUACUUGGAAUCCAUAUAUAGCCUCCCAAUUAUAGAGUGAGAACCCCCUCUUCCACAGUGCCUAAAUUUCCUCCCAGCACCACCAAUUUUUCUCUUGCUAUUUUUUUCUCUUUUCCUUUUUUUUGUCCUGUUGUUUCGUUUCUUGUAAUAGUCCUAGCUAAAUAAUACCAAAAACAUAUAUACAAACGAUGAAGAAAAGAGGAAAACAAAUUAUGUCAAGGCUUAAAGUUGAUCAACUUGACCAAUUAAAGGACAUAUUUUCAAGAUUUGACAUGGACGAUGAUGGUAGCCUAACUCAUUUAGAGCUAGCUGCACUAUUGCGUUCAUUGGGGCUAAAGCCAAAUGGGGACCAAAUUCAUGUUCUAUUAGCCAACAUGGAUUCUAAUGGAAAUGGUGCUGUGGAAUUUGAUGAACUUGUCAAUGCCAUUAUGCCUGACUUAAUUAAUGAAGAAAUGUUGGUAAAUCAGGGGCAGCUUUUGGAAGUUUUUCGUUCGUUUGAUCGCGAUGGAAAUGGUUACAUUACGUUGGCUGAGUUGGCAGGAUCAAUGGCUAAAAUGGGACAGCCAUUGUCAUAUCGCGAACUUACUGAGAUGAUCAAAGAGGCUGAUGUUGAUGGAGAUGGUGUUAUUAGUUUUAAUGAAUUUGCAACUGUUAUGGCUAGGUCUGCUGCGGAAUUUCUUGGCAUCCCAAUUUCAUAACCAUAGUGAAGCUUUGAUGGUUUGAUAUUUGUAUCAAUCAGCUGUACAAAUCUCAUAAUUGAAUUGGUAUCAAUGCGCUGAGCAUCUUAAGUUAUUGUGAAUAGUUUUGGGCUGUUUUGAGUCUAUCAAUGUUUUAUUUUGAAUUUUACUUGUUGGUAAGCAUUCAUACGUAGAUUGAAGCUAACUCCCCCAUUCCCUGCUCCUCGGCCCGGUUUCUGACUCUUUUCUCCCCUUGAGAGAAAGGAAAAAAUAUGUCUACCUGUAUUUUCCUUGGUUCAACUCUUGGCUAUUCAAAUACAUCUAUUAUUGAAUUAGCUGGCUAGCUGCUGGACUUCUUCCUCUAUAACUUCCUAGUUCCCAUUAAGGUAAAGCUGGAUGGAUUUCUUGGGGCGACUCUUGAUUAACCUUACUAAAUAUUCUUACA